AGACGGGGUCGGAGUUGACCAUGGCAUAUUAAAGUUCCAACUAGGCACUAUUUAGUCCGGUCCGUAGGUAAUAUUGAAUUCUACCAAAAUAGCGGUUAGUACAGUGAGAAGUAUCGGGGAAAGCAAGCGCAAGCGCGAUUUCUUUUUCAUCUUAUUGCUUCCGACGUCGGGAAGGAGAAAAACCGAAUCAUUCAAACCGUCACCUGUUUUCACCUGCUAGCUACAAAUUGACUAAAGUGAGCUUUUCCAUCCACUCGAACCAUUGGAUGACUCAGCCCUGUGAGAUUCAAUUUUAGCUUAAGCUUCGAAUAUAUUUGAAUAGAAAUAACGAAGUCACUCUUUCAUUAUAUGUUCAAUUCCUAUAUCUUCCCUUUAAAUAAUUUAUAUUCUAUCCAUAAAUCUACAAAAUGCCCUCCAGGGCUAAUAUCACAUACUUCGGCGCCGGUCCGGCAUUGUUGCCGACUUCCGUUCUUGAGAACGCCUCUCAAGCACUCCUGAAUUACAACGAUACAGGACUUGGCAUUGCUGAGCACUCUCAUCGUUCUCAAUAUGCUGCCGAUAUAAUCAACCAAGCAAAGGCCGAUCUGGCUACCUACCUCAGUAUCCCUGAUGAUUAUGAGGUUAUCUUCAUGCAAGGUGGUGGGAGUGGCGAAUUUUCUGCUACUAUGUACAACCUUGUUGGCGCUUGGGUAACUAGGAAAAAGACCGAAAUACUGAAACAAUUGGGUGCUCAGAGCGAGGAAGAGGCGAACCAAGAAGAACUAGUAUCGGCGCUCAAGAAAGCCGUCGAUUCGGAGUUGAAGCUUGAUUACCUAGUGACAGGUGGCUGGUCUUUGAAGGCUUACCAAGAAGCCGGCCGUCUGCUCGGCCCGGAGUUCACCAAUCUGGCAACUGACUCCCGGACCGUGAACCAGGGCAAAUUUGGCAAGAUCCCGAGUGAGAGCACCUGGAAGUUAUCCAAAAACGCUGCCAUGGUAUACUACUGCGACAACGAAACCGUAGACGGUGUCGAGUAUCCCAAGUUCCCCGAUGUUCUCGGUCCCGAUUCAAAUGGCAUGCGUCCCAUCGUCGUUGCGGACAUGUCAUCAAAUAUCUUAUCCAGAAGAAUUCCUGUCGAGAACUUCUCGCUUAUCUUCUUCGGUGCACAGAAGAAUCUCGGUUCGACCGGAGUAACUGUAGUGAUCAUUAAGAAGGAUCUACUGCCGCCGGUAUGCUCGCAGCCCUCUCCGGCAUUAAUGAGAAAACUCGGUCUCCCCAUUCCUCCGGUUAUCUUCUCAUACGAGACCAUCGCCAAAAACAACAGCCUGUAUAACACGCUUAGCAUUUUUGAUGUUUAUAUAGCCGGACAAGUGCUCAAGAAGUUGCUUGCGACCUUCCCAGAUAAGGUUGACGGCCAAGAAGCUGUCGCUAACCAGAAAGCGAAAAUCAUCUACGAGGCCCUCGAAGCGUACCCGAGCAUCUACAGAAUUGUUCCCGAUAAGUCGGCCCGCUCUCGAAUGAACAUAUGUUUCCGCGUGACAGCGGGUGGCGACACGGAUAGUACCGAAGCAAAGUUUCUCAAAGACGCCACUGCUCACGGCCUCACCGGUCUGAAGGGUCAUCGGAGCGUCGGUGGCAUUCGUGCGAGUAACUAUAACUCAAUCCCACUUGCAGGAGCCCAGCAACUCGCCGACUUCAUAAUCAAUUUUGCCCAGACUUAGGGGUAAUACCCCAAUACGAGACACAGUGACGUUAGGAGUGAACUAUCGUCUCCUGUGAAGCAGCGGGGACGUACCUACUUUUUGUAUGGCUCUGCUUCAAACGUGGAGAAAUCGAUGCGCUAGGAAUACGGAGUUUAUUUGAUAAUAGUACCCAAGAAUUAUAUCGCCGGAGGAGGUAAGUUUGGGAUGUGAUUUUGCCUUAUUUUCCUAUUACGCAAGGUCGGCGUCGAGUUCUCGCAUUGCAUGGUACGGCAAAAACGGGGGCUAAAACAGCAUUCAACAUGGCGGUUAGAUCGUCACACACAUAUAGAAACAUUAACACACGCUAGACAAAAUAUACUAUUC